AUCCUUUUGCUUUUCGAACAUGCUCAUGUUCUUAGCUUCUCCGUUUAUGUUUGAUCAUGGAACUUAGCCAUCACAAGUAAGUAAUAAGAGACAAAAGCUUCCCAGGUCUGCCGAUUGCUGUCUCCUCAUCUCCUACACUCGUAUCGCUCACCGUUCAGCCCAACUCCUUUAAGCCUUUCAAACAGCGACAAGAAUUGUGAGCUAGACAUGGAAGAAAUGCCAAAUGAGUCCUUGGAAUAUACACCAACAUGGAUUGUUGCUGUUAUAUGCUCCAUCAUUGUGCUCAUCUCUCUUUGCGUUGAGCGUGCUCUUCAUAAGCUUGGAGUGUUUUUGAAGAAGAAACAUCAGGAUGCACUCAAUGCAGCCUUGCAAAAGCUGAAAGACGAGCUGAUGCUUUUAGGGUUCAUUUCCCUACUAUUAACUGUGUUCCAAAAUGUAAUAAGCCACAUUUGCAUUUCACCCCACCUUGUAAGCCACAUGCUUCCAUGCAAGAGGCACGGUGAGUCUGAGAAAGGUGCAGAGCACUAUGACACUAUCAUCAACACAAGACACCUUCUUUCUACAACAAAUGGUUCAGAAAGCUGCAGAAAAGAGGGGAAGGUUCCGUUGAUGUCAUUGGAAUCACUGCAUCAUCUCCACAUCUUCAUCUUUGUGUUGGCUGUUGUACAUGCCAUAUUUUGCGUCACCACACUGUUACUCGGAAGCGCAAGGAUUCGUCAAUGGAAGACCUGGGAACGUAAUAUUAAGGCAAAUAAAAAUGAUAUUCAAGAUCUACAUCACCAUGAAUUCUUCAAAAAGCAUGCUGAUGGAUUUUGGAGGAGGGCGGCUGUUGUAGGUUGGCUGGUAUCAUUCUUCAAGCAAUUUUAUGGCUCUGUUACUGAAUCUGACUACAUCGCUAUGAGGCAGGCAUUCAUCAAGGAACAUUGGCGAGGCGAACGAGAAUUUGAUUUUCACGAGUACAUGAUGAAGACACUUGAAAUUGAUUUCAAAAAAGUAGUGGGCAUAAGUUGGUAUCUCUGGCUCUUCGUUGUUCUCUUUUUGCUGCUCAACGUUGCAGGGUGGCACACAUACUUCUGGUUAGCUUUUCUACCGCUCAUAAUUUUGCUACUUGUGGGGGCCAAGUUAGAGCACAUAAUUGCCCGUUUGGCUCAGGAGUCAGAUCAGAAGAGAGAGAAAAAGGCAACAAAGCAAGUGAAGCCUUCUGAUAAAUUCUUUUGGUUCCAUAGCCCACGCCUUGUCCUCGACUUAAUUCACUUCAUCUUGUUUCAAAACGCUUUUGAGAUUGCAUUCUUCUUCUGGAUUUGGUUCACCUAUGGAUUUGAUUCAUGCAUUAUGGAGAAAAUAGCUUACGUGAUCCCGAGAGUUAUAAUGGGUGUAAUUGUUCAAGUGCUCUGCAGUUACAGCACCUUGCCUCUUUAUGCAAUUGUGACUCAGAUGGGCAGCGGAUUUAAGAGGGGAAUGUUCGAAGAGCAUUUUGAGAAUACUCUGAUAGAAUGGAGGCGUCAACUAAACAAAGAUGGUGGAGCCGCCGCUUCUUCUGCAACAAACAAAAUGGUCAAGCAGCCUGCAGCCAAACCAAGCUCCUCAGGUUUCACGAGAAGCAAUCAUCAACUUACAAGACAUGCACUAGCAUCAUGCGAAAACAAGCUUGCAGUCUAA